AUGCCACCAAUUCGCAAGAAAGAUCCCUUAAAAUCUACUCAGAUAGAGGGAAAGAUCCAGUUAGCUAUUUCUGAUUUGAAAAAUGGAAGAAUUUCCAAUAUUCGUGAAGCUACAAGGAUUUAUGAUAUUCCUCGUACGACUCUCCGAGAUCGACUCAAAGGCAUUGAAUAUAAAGGUGAAAAGCGCACCAACCACCAUAAAUUGACUCAAUCUGAGGAGGAUUCACUUGUCAAAUGGGUUCUUGAUUUAGAUCGACGUGGAUUAUUUCCCCGACAUUCUCUUGUACGAGAAAUGGUCAAUUAUCUUCUACAACAACAUGGAAAAUCACAAGUUGGAAAAAACUGGGUGACCAAUCUGAUUAAACGCCGUCCGGAGAUUGAUUCUAAAUUCGCAAGGAAAUAUAACUAUGAACGUGCCAAAUGUGAAGAUCCAAAGAUAAUUCAAGAACAUUUUGACCGCGUACGAGCUGCUAUAUCUGAGUAUGGAAUCUUACCAGAAGAUAUCUAUAACUUUGAUGAGACUGGCUUUGCUAUGGGACUCUGUGCAUCUGCGAAGGUUAUUACUGGAAGCGAUCGAUAUGCUCAGCCAAAGCUUUUACAGCCUGGAAAUCGAGAAUGGGUGACUGCAAUUGAAGCAACAAAUUCAACUGGUUGGGCGUUACCUUCGUACAUUAUUUUCAAAGCAAAGAAAAACGUACGAUUAGAUGAUUGGAGAGUCAAUAUUAGCGAUAAUGGUUGGACAACAGAUCAAAUAGGAUUAGAAUGGCUUAAAACCCAUUUUAUUCCUAAUAUUAAUGAUCGUACAAUGGGAAAAUACCGAAUGUUGAUUCUUGAUGGCCAUGGAAGCCAUUUGACUCCAGAAUUUGAUCGUACAUGCACUGAGAAUAAUAUUAUUCCAAUCUGCAUGCCACCUCAUUCUUCGCAUCUAUUACAGCCUCUUGAUGUUGGCUGUUUUGCAGUUUUAAAACGGUAUUAUGGGCAGGUUGUUGAGCAACGAAUGAGGCUUGGAUUCAAUCAUAUCGACAAAAUGGACUUUUUAACAGCAUUUCCACAGGCUCGUACAGUGGCAUAUAAAGCUCAAUCUAUUCAGAAUAGCUUCGCAGCCACUGGAUUAGUGCCUUUCAAUCCAGAUCGAGUUCUUCAAUAUCUUAAUAUUCAAUUGAAGACUCCAACCCCCCCUCCAAGUCGAUCAAGCAAUACAGCAUCAUCCUGCUUACAAACACCUCAAAAUAUACGCCAAUUUGUACGCCAGUCAACUACAAUCAAUAAGCGUAUAAAUAAGCGUACAGGAAGCCUGAAUCAGAAUGAAGAAAUCAAUCAGGCAGUUAUACGGUUAUCAAAAGCCUACGAAAUACUAGCGAAUGAUGCUUUACUCGUACGGAAAGAAAACCGUGAUUUACGAGCUGCGCAUGAAAAAGAGAAGCAAAAGCGCAAAAGAUCUAAUAAACAGAUAUCUAUUGAGCAAGGGAUUACUAGAGAGGAAGCUCAGGCGCUCGUACAAGGUCAGGUUGAGGCAUCUCAUGCUGUUACUACUACUCUGGCUGAGCCGGAGCUCCCAGCUUCUCAAGCAGUCGUACGCCGCCAAUUUCGCUGCAGUGGUUGUAACGUUAUGGGGCAUAGAAUAAAUCAAUGUCCUAGUCGUACUAGUAGUUAGAUUUUUGUAUAUAAUUUGUACGUGAUUGAGAAAUUGGGAUUUGAAAUCAAUAUAGAGAGUUAUUUUCCGGAGAGGUGGCCGGUUCGCUUACAUGGCCGGUUCGCUUACCGAUUACGUUAGUUAACUGAUUCCAGGCUUGCUGACUACCG